UGUCUGGUAGUUAUAUUAUAUUUGCAUGUUAAAUGUACGAAACAAAAUUCAAAUGAAAAUAUUAAAACUAUUCGGGCAUUGGCGAAUCAGUAAUAGUAAUUUUCAUACACCAAAAACACAUUUUGUAGGUACUAAAUGUAUACUUUUCGAGAGGCGUUUAUUAUUUGGUAGAUAAAACUUAAAAUCAAUUAUUUAUAGUGUGUAUAAAAUUCCAUUUCAUAACGUCAAAAAUUACUAUAAUCAAGUAUUCCAAUAACGCGUGUUCCGUGUGUCAGAGACCCCGAUAACAUCGGUGAGCACUUUAUUUUUGCAAUUGAAUAUUUAACAAUUUGGCAGUGAAUUCAAACUCGGGAAAGUCAUUUAGUGUGAUGAGUUUACUUGUGUCGUAGUGACAAUACUAGUUUUCUCGUUUCUUUACUAUGUCUGACGAAAAUACUUUCAGGCCCGUUUAUCUCAAGGACAGGAAUUUCACAGGAUCUGGUUAUGAAGGGCAGUUGAAACAAAGUUCAUUAACUGAAUCAGCGGUCCGUUCGAAUUAUAAAGCAUUGAAAUUAAAAGAAAACAAGGGCAAUAUUGCACUCGAAAUACAAGAUGAUCUUGGUAUGCCCGUAAACUACGUGAGAAUCAAGGCCUUGGAAGACAGUAUAAGGAAAGACAUAAUUAGCGAUAAAAAUUCGUUGCACAGAGCCAUCACUCCUGUACUUAUUUUGAGUCAAAUGUUCGCUAUUUUCCCAGUUCAAGGCAUCAGAGGACAAAACACUAGUUAUUUGUUUUUCAAGUGGUUUAGCUGGCUAAUGGCAUACAGCAUUAUUUUACUCGGUUCUUCUAUUUUCAUGGUUUUGUUAAUACUAUAUAACUUUUAUAGUAAUGGACUGACAUAUGAAAACACUGGUCAUUUUGUAUAUUUCGGAGGUACACUUAUAAUUUACAUAGUUUUUAUUCAUUUGGCAAGGGAAUGGCCAAAAGUUAUGGAAAAAUGGGAAUUAAUGGAACGUGAGAUGAAACAAUAUGGGUAUCCACCUAACAUGGCAUUUAAGAUUAAAAUGUUAACAUGUAUCAUCAUGUUACUUUCAACAAUCGAACACUGUGCUUCUAUUUUAACUGGAGUAUUAAAAGCCAUACAUUGCUCAUCGGAUGGACUAGAUAUUUUUCGACUUUACAUUUUGACAUCGCUUAGAACAGUCUUUACGUAUAUAGACUACUCGUUAGUAGUUGCUUUAACUUUGAAGAUUUGUGAUUGUCUGUAUUCUUUUGCUUGGAAUUUUAUGGAUUUAUUAAUAAUCAUACUAGCUUGUGCUUUGACGGAGAAAUUCAAGCAGCUCAACCAAAAAUUAGACGGCGUUAGAGGGAAGGUGCUUCCAAGUAUGUACUGGCGAAAAUCUAGGGAAACAUAUAAUAUUUUAGCGUCGUUGACUCACGACUUUGAUGAAUUUCUAUCUCCUGUGAUAUUAUUAUCAUUCGGUCAUAAUUUGUACUUUAUUUGCUUACAACUUCUUAACAGCUUGAAACCGAUGCACAGCUCUUGGGAGGCAUUAUGUUUUGUAUUUUUAUUUACAUACCUAGUUGGAAGGACAUGCGUGGUGUCUUUGUAUGUCGCAUCCAUUAAUGAUCAAAGCAAAAAACCGAAAUCCGUCUUAUUCUCUGUGCCAGCAGAGUGUUAUGGUGUUGAGGUAGAAAGAUUUUUAAUGCAAGUGACGGCUGAUGAAUUAUCGUUUACUGGAUGUAAUUUUUUCUCCGUCACCAGGACGUUUAUGCUAACGGUUGCUGGAACUAUAGUCACAUACGAGAUCGUACUAAUACAAUUUAACAAUGUGGGUAGCGGCGUAUCUGAUCAAAAUAAUACUCUUGCUAAUUAUUGUCCGAAGUUGAUAUGAUUCAUAGUUCGGCUGAUAAAUGAAACAAAGUUAAUCUCCUAUUUAGUGAUAAAGGCAUAUUAUGGAUUGUUAGAACCUAACCAGUGAUGUGUCUGUGAUUUUAUACAUAAAGAGUUUGUAAACAUCAUGUAUACCUACCUUGUAACAUAAAUAACUAAUCGCUAAAAUACAACUGUCGGGUAAAAAAAUUACAUUUUUAUAAGUAGUCAAUUCGUAACCUGCAAAUAUUACAACAAGCCUUGACAGAAAUGAGCAUUAUGAAUUUAGACAUUUUAAUAAUGAAAUAUAAUAAAUGAAUGCUUUGUGACUUGUAAAUAACAUUAAAUACUAUAUUAAUUGUUCAUUUUUUUUCAGUCGGAAUAUAUGUUUAAAGUAAAAUCAUAGGUAAAAUCACACUAUUUAUAAUCAUCUAAAUUAGAUUGUUUUUAUCUUUUUAUUGUUUUCAUUAGGCACACCUAAGCAAUAUGUAUGGUAACCGAUUACAUUUUACUACAAUAGUUUUAAGAAAAAAAUAUAUAAUAUUUAACAUUUAUGGAUGUAGACUGAUUUUUUUUUAUCUAUGUUCUGCAGAUGUAAUAUUUCCAAUCAAUUAUUUUCUAUAACCCUUUUUUAAAUACAAUUAUCUUACUUUCAACAUGUACAACGAGUCAGGCACGUUAAUGCAAUCUAUUCGGCUUUAAAAAUAUUUAAAUUAACAUACAAUUUAAAAAUAGAUUUGUCCAUUUAUAUAAUAUGUACAAUAUUAUUACUUAAUUAAAAGAUUUUUAAUUAUUAAUAAUAAUAUAAUCUUAUUGGCCACCUAUGACUCCUAUCCAGACUUGUUAUCGACUCGAAUGUUACUUAGGAUAGACUUGUUCUAUAAACAAAGACACUUGACUGUUCAUUCAAACUUUUAAGUAUGAAACAUUUUUACACAAUUAAAAUAA